UAUGUGGUGAAACCGAAACUUGAUCAUUUUGUAAAAUAACUGAAUUGUAUCAGAUUAAAUUGGUACCGAUUAAUUAAAUUAUAUAAGUAUACAGAGAAUACAUUGCGAUUAUGAGAAUACUGAUAUAAAAUUUGCAGAAGUUGUAUAUUUGCCACAUUUACAAGCUUUGUAUGGCAAUUGUUUACUGCAGAGAUUCAUAUCGAUAAAUUUAUAUAAACGGCUACAUUCAUGUACAUUGUCAAUAUCAAUGGAAUAAUACAAACGUCUGCAAGUUGCACAAUGAUUCCUCUGUCGUCUCUCUUUCUGGUACUACUAAUGUGUAUAUAUAUACUCAUUUGAUCAUUUAUUUUGAAAUCUUAGAGUGCCUAUUCCAGGAAAACUGCCUACGUUUCGAUUAUGUUUUGAGGUGAUACCUUAAACUUUCAAAUCUGCUGUCUACUUACUAUUAAAGUGUAUAACGCGUCAGCGAGUAAAUAUGACGGACAGUACAAAACAUCAGAAUGUGAUUGAACAGGCCCAGAAACUGACGAAGGAAUAUGUCGAACUCCUGAAUGAAUGGGAACCAAAACGAGUGGCAACUGUUGCAAGAAUUAGAGAGAUUGCUUCAGAACUGCAAAACGUGAAACAAGAUGUAAACAUCUCCAAGGUGGUUGGUGGUGCAGUUGGCAUUCUUGGUGGUAUAGCCGCUGUGGCAGGAACAAUUUUGUCGGGCGGUCUUGCGGCGCCCCUUUUUAUCGGAGGAAUGGCCGCAGCGGCCGCUGGUACCGCAACUUCGGCUGGGGCAGAAAUCGCCGAGCAUUUCAUUUCUAAAGGGAAACUAGAAUCUGCCCAAGAGGUAUUGGAAGCUGACAAGAAACUUACCAAGAAGAUCGAAGAUAAGAAAGCGGAGGUCGACGCCAAGGUCAAGGAGCUGAGCAAUCUCUUACGUCUGUCCAAAGAAGAGGUUUUCGGUGCGUUGUUAAUGUCUGCUGUGCCCGGAAGAGGAUUUGUUCAUAUGAAUGACGAGAGGGUUUUCAAAAUGCUUGUGUCUGCCGGAUUACUUCCCUUGGUGCACUUGACCUUCCGAGGUCAAUCAGUUAUUGGGAAGGGUAUGGCAGCUUUUGAAGAAGUGUCACUGGCAGGAAUUUCGAAAGUGCUCGGCUCUUUGUUGACAGGAAUGGCUAUUGGUGCUAUGCUAGUCCUGGACGUCUAUUUUCUCGUAUCAAGCUCAAUCGAGCUGUCAAAUGGAUCUCCCUCUGGUGCGGCAGACUCGCUUAGAGGAGUCGCCACUAAGCUGGAGAAGCAAGCACAAGAUCUGAAAUCAGUUCUUGAACAAAUAAGGGAGGAAACUGAAGAAUACGAGAGGUAUCUGCGAAAGAAAUUUCGAAAAGAAUUGGAAAAGGUCGCGGUACAAAAAUGUGCUUCUGAUGACGAUGCAAAAGGUAUACUCGAUCAUAUUUACAUGCAUUCGAGUAACGAAUGGCAGGGUGCGUUUCUGUCACUGAACAUUAACCUGAACAGGUACGCGUUUCAAAUUGCGCAAGUAUUCCGAAUUUUUGGAAGAUUAAUAGAAGAACAUCUGAGGCACAAAAAAGAGCAACACGUGGAGAUCACAUUAAUUGCACAUGGACGAAUAAAUCUGCAUGCUCUUGUUCCGAGUCAGAUAUACUAUCUUACAAAUGUACUGAAAUCGGUCACGUGUUUUUCGCCCUGGGGUUGCGCGGUAGAUGCAAAUGUCGUUUACGGUAUCGCUACAAACACGAUACGUAUCACCAACUUGAAAUAUUCUGGUCCCGUUAUACCCGGGUUACCAGGUGCCUUCAAUGUCCUACCGGAAAGAAUGGAUUUAACGCCAAACGUGAUUUUCUCACCCGUUGUGCACGGGGAAGGCGCCCAUCAGGCUUUGUUACAACUCAUCGCCCUUCUUCAGAGCCCUGCCGAUGGCUUGGUCAUACCGUACUUCACUGGUGUUGGAAACGACUUGCUGCCAUUUCCUGAGAUUCCCCUUUGGGUUUGCAGCAACGUUGUAGCGAUUUGCGGUUUCUUACUGAACGUCACAGUGAGUCUGAGGGUCGCCGCAUGCCUUUCCCCCGAGAAUGGCGGAGCCAUUACUAGUUUCCUCGGAACUGAUGGGUGUGACUCGCGCCUUACGCAGUACUGUCAAGUACCCAUGAAUAGGACACCGCCGAUAGCUAUGACAAAUUUGAUUACAUCACCACAGAAUGAUAUUCAGCAAUUGGAAGAAAUACGGGGACAUUUAUUUCUCUAAUUCAAAACGUUACACAUUUUAUCGAAUUACUUAACAGUCGCGAUAUUUUUUAAAUGUUUUUAGAAUUACAAAUGCUUACUUUGUCUUGUAAUAGACUGUUUUGAGGAUUCUUUCUUCAAAUUUGAUAUCCAUAUAUUUUCGAUUUGUUAAAUAAUAGUUUGCAUUGAUUGACUGAACAUAUGUAUAUAAUAUUAAAAAAUAUUGUAUUUAUAAUAUCUGACGAAAAUGUGAAGUAAAUAACUGUUAUGACCGCUGAGCUGUCGAAGAGACGAAUGGGUUGACAAAAAACUUAGUUGUAAUCACGUUGAGUAGACAAAUAUCAUAUGGAUUGAUUUGUUUGAUAUUUGAAUGUUUAGCUUUUCAAGUUCAAAGAAAUCUACGUCAACGUGGUGAAACUUUUAUUCUGGCUGCAACUCAAUAACCGUUCAGGAUACGUAUUACGUAUGUUACCAGAAGCAACGUUCACCUGUGUGGCAAUACCAAUACAACUGACGUCAAUGUUUUUUUGUUUCCUCCUUAAUAUUUGCCUGAUAUUAAGGUUUGCGUCAACCUACGGUCUUCUUGUUAAUGUGUUAUCAUUGAAACCGUUAUUCUGAGUAUCAUCCAUGCGUCAUACAUAAAGGGCGGUUGGUUUAUUUUUGUUUAACAAAUAGCCAGUUCGACAUGUAACAACCUAUCGUCACCUUAGUGCAAUAACUCAAUAACUGCAUAAAGAAAUAGAAGCAGAUAUUGCGUUCUUGCACUAAGGUGACGAUAUGUUAUUACUUGUAUCGUUUUCCUUCUUCUUACUUUGAUCUCUUGAAUUGCAGGCGUAAGAACUGAUUCUAAGGGCGGAUUAAUUCAUUUAUAGUCGUUGUCUUUAUUAUUAUUAUUAUUAUUAUUAUUAUUAUUAUUAUUAUUAUUAUUAUUAUUUGUUUUAUUUACACUUUAUUGCCUUUAAUUUAAUACUGGCUCUGAUAUAACUUGUAAGUUAUCAUAAAUGACGGGUGUUGGGACAAGUCUGAGACUUGGUACUUAAACAAUGUUGUAAUAAUUGAGUGGUGUUGGGACAAGUUGGAGACUUGGUACUUAAACAGUGUUAGGUUGUGUAACAAUUAACAAGGCUACCCCCCACCCUCCCAAGUGAACUAUGUUUCGCCUACUGUCUGUGUUGAAAUGUAACGAUGUGUGUUUGUCCUUGAGCUAGGUUACCUCCCACCCUCCCAAGUGAACUAUGUUUCGCCUACUGUCUGUGUUGAAGUGUAACGAUGUGUGUUUGUCCUUGAGCUAGGUUACCUCCCACCCUCCCAAGUGAACUAUGUUUCGCUUACUGUCUGUGUUGAAGUGUAACGAUGUGUGUUUGUCCUUGAUCUUGUUUACCUCCCGACAUCCCCAGUGAAAUAUGUUCAGCUUACUGUCUGUAGUGUAUUAUGAGGUUGCGUGUUUCACGUGCUAGGCCUUAAACCUAGUGCCUCUAAUGGUGUUUUCGUUCAUAGUUAUGCUUCUUGGCUUGGGAUUGCACUGCGGUUUCCAUCGUAUUGUUCAUGUAUCAAUAUUUAAGCAAUAAGUGACAUUGUGUAUUCUUUGUUUUAGUAUUAGUAAUUUAUGAAAAGUAAAGGAAUAGCAAAAACGAUCUGUGCAUAUUUAUACCACCGACAUAAAAGGCGCUUACUCUUAUUUGCUAUUAGUGUAUACUACAAUAGUUUGCAUGUUCAUGUAUGAUUUGUAGUUCCUGACUUUUUCAAUAAAAAAAUAAACUAUACCCGUAAGAAA